AUGAGCGUCUUGACAGUAACUGGGACGAACAUCCCAGAUCCUACGCUCUCCUACCCUUACUCAAAUUCCCUCGCCCCAAUCUCCUCUUUGCCUCCUCAUCCCGCGCCCUCAGUGGCUGACGGCGCCUUCACUCGACCAGAGCGAAAAUCCUACAUUACAACAACAACCACUCCCAUAGCGCCGGCGCGAACGAUUAGCAAUCACCAACACUCGCGCACCGUCUCUUCCAACACUCUCCCUCUCUCGAAUUCUUUUGGGACCAGCGCCACUUUGUCCUCUACAACGAGCCAUUCUCGCAUUCCCUCCGCCUCUUCACAUUCGCGCCAAUCCUCCACCUCGAAUGCCACUAUGAGCAUGCACAGACAGGGCACUACAGCUUCGGCCACCAGCCUGCCACGCCGUUCCACCUCUGGCCGCUCGACGGCCACGAAUAGCCCCACAUCCUACGUGGCCCUGAUGCGGAAACAAAAAGCAACCGUCUGGUGCGAUCGAGCUCAAAACAUUGAUCCACGCCUUGCCGCCGCCCAAAAGGCAGCAAAACACCGUGCCACCCUUGAAGUUCAAGGAGCCGGCCAGGGCGGACGGACAAGCACCAUCUCCUCAGGUGGUGUUGUUGGUAAGAUUAGACACGGCGGUGUCCCAAAAGCACCCGGGUAUGUUCCGGCGAACCUAACGGGCGCGUCUGUGCCCGUGCGGUUAAGCGCCAAUGAGGCAUUAGGCGACGAAGAAGAGGAGGGGAGGAGCUUGACCGGCGACAACAGCAUGGUGCAUGCCCGGACUGGCAGUGGGAGAAGCAGCACCAAUAGCGCCAAAUACCGAAGCGGCUACCCGCGUCCGGAUCAAGGACGAUUUAGCAGUACGAGCACGCCGCCCAGUGAAGGAUCUCCAGGGCAAGGCAUUCCAGAAGAUACAGAGACCGCCGAAGAUCCGAAAGACGACUAUUUCAUCCACAGCGACAAAUCUACACCCGGUGGCCGAGAGAGUGAGGAUUCAUUUGGCGAGUUGAAGGAGCUUUCUGGGCCGACUGCUGUGCAGCGGGCGCUGGAGCAAGCGAAGAAAAACGAAGAUCUACGGAGAAGAGGGAGCGUGGACGAGCGGACGAUGAGCAUGGGUCAGCCAGGGGUGAGGCUUUUCGUGGCGAAUCCAGAUAUCGACGACUAG